AUGGCGAACGCGAAGCGCGCGAGUGCUAAGACGCGGAUUUCCAAGACGGUGGACGUCGGGAAUGCCGGAGACGUGCAAGAGUGCGCGAACGAGGCGCUGAAAGCGCUGUCGAGUGGGGCGAGGACGGUCGUGGUCGUGAGAGGCAUCGGGACGCAGGUGAGCAAGACAGUGGCGGUGGCGGAGCUCGUGAAGUCUUCGCUCACCGGGAUCCAUCAGUGCACGACGUACGCUCCGGUGAAGGUGAAGGGCGCCAAGGCGACGGAGAUUCGGAUCGAGCUGGCGACGACGAGCGAGGAGUUGGACGUUCAUUCGCCCGGCUACCAGGCUCCGGAUACCAUCAUGGGUAAACCAUCACCGCGCAAGAGAAAAGAGUGGAACGAUGAGCCCGCAAUGCCGUUGAAGAAGAAGGUUGCAAAGGCAUUCGCCGCCACAAACGCGUCCAAGGGUGACGCAAACAGGAAGAAGGUGGCGCUGUCUUCGGCUUAA